AUGAAGCAAAUUCCCCACUAUUCCAAAUUUUUGAAAGACCUUUUGAGUGGGAGAAGGGAGUGUGAGACGGUGAGUUUGACCGCCAAUUGUAGUGCAAUUCUUUCCAACAAACUUCCUACCAAAUUGAAAGAUCUUGGUAACUUUUCCAUCCCUUGUUCUAUCAAUGGCAUUGAAUUUGAUAAAGCCUUGUGUGAUUUAGGAGCAAGUGUGAGUCUCAUGCCCUAUUCCGUCUACCAAAAGCUUAGUGUAGGAACCCUCUCCCCCACUAACAUUACUCUCCAACUAGCGGACCGUUCCGUUAAGUUCCCCAUGGGAAAAGUUGAGGACAUUCCCCUUAGGGUAGGAAAGUUCACAUUCCCCGUGGAUUUCUAUGUGCUAGAGAUGGAUGAGGAUGAGAAGAUUCCUAUAAUUUUUGGUAGACCAUUUCUAGCUACUUCUAGAGCUAUCAUCGAUGUGAAGGAGGGGAAGAUAUCCUUGAAGAUUUACAAUUAUUCUAUUGAGUUUUAUUUGAAUAAUGUCAUGCAACAACCCUCCUCAAGUGGUGAAUGCUUUAGGGUAGAUGUUCUUGAUACCGUUCUUAAUAAAUUUUCUCGCUCCCACUUGCAUGCUACUAAUGAUCCUCUAGAAAGUGUGUUGUUGAAUGAAUCAAAGAUAGGUACUCACAAAGAAGACAUACAAUUCUAUGAGGAUUUGCUUGAGGAAAGCAAGAAGGAGUGCAAGGAUGCGAGCAUGGAAGAAGAGGCUCUUACAUUCAUGACCUCUUUCAAGUUGAAGAAAGAGAAGAGAGCCCCAAUGGUAAGGGAGCACCAAAGGUAG